AGCAGCAAGAGGAGGAGGAGCAGCAGCAGCUCCGGCUCCUGCACGGCUGUGCCGCCGGUGAAGCUCCCAGACGCGGAGGCUGGGCUGCGGCGGCGGGGAUGAGGCGGUGGUAGGCCCGAGGGGAGCGGGCGCCAUGUCGGGCCGGGCGAGUGGUGCUGCGGCGGUGGCGGCCCCGGUGCUGCCCGCCGCCGCUUCGCCGGUGGUGGUGGCGGCGGCCAAGGAGAAGCGCUCCUUCAGCAAGCGGCUGCUCUUCCGGGGCCGGGUGGGCGGCGGCGGCGGGUCCAGCACUGGGGGCUCGGGCUCCUCCUCCUCGAGGUCGCUGGGCGGAUUCAUGAGCCGCGUGCUGAAGACGCUCUCGACGCUCUCCCACCUGGGCACCGAGCACGGGCCUGCCGCCACCUCCGCCCGCCACGGACACCCCCCUGGCAGCAGCAGCCUGGGCCGCUGCUUCCAGCCCAGCCCGGAGCCCGAGCCGCCGCCUCCCCCGUCGCCGCCGCCUCCUCCGCAGCCGCCCGCGACCCAGGAGCUGAUCUCGCCACCACCGCCGCCACCACCGCCGCCGCCGGGCUCCUCGGCG